UUGACGAGAUAGAUACAAAAAAUGUGGUUAAAUCAGUCAUAGACCGCAAAUGACCAGUUUGCUUCUCAAAUUUAUUGAUUUCUAGUUAUCCAGUUUGUUUUUUUUUCUCAAAAUUAAAACUAAAAUGGAGAAGAUGCUUGAUUCAACACAACUAGUUAGUGGUGUUGCUGUUCUUUUAUCAUUUUUAGCUGGUUACCGUUAUGGCAUACGGAAUUUGGUGGAUCAAAAUAAAUCUACUGAAGAAGAAUCGAUAGCGGAGGAACGAGUAUAUUCGGACAGCAAUGAGUUAAAAAUGAUACUCGUCGUUCGAAAUGACUUGAAAAUGGGUAAAGGAAAGAUUGGUGCACAAUGCGGACAUGCAGCUGUCGGUGCAUACCAAAAUUGUAUGAAAAAAUUCCCAAGUCUGGUUCGCCGUUGGGAUGAUUCUGGAAGUGCUAAAAUUGCUGUAAAAGUCGACAGCGAAGGUGAACUGCUUUCCAUUUUCCGAGCAGCACGCGACAGAAAUCUAAAUACAUGCCUUAUUCGAGAUGCCGGACGAACUCAAAUCGCACCCAACUCCAAAACAGUACUAGCUAUUGGCCCAGCUCCCACUGACGAAAUUGAUCAGAUUACUGGACAUUUGAAAUUAUUAUAAAAUCCAUCCCGGAGAAAUUCCGCAAUAAAUUAUUCACUACAAGAGAAUAAUAGAAAAAAUGAUUUCCCCAAUAUUUUCAAUAUUUCCGUAUCAAUUACAUUAUAAUGUUCUGAGAAAAGUCAAAAGAAGUCUCCAUUUUCAUGACAAAGUCAGCGAGAUACAUUCUACUUUUAGUCUUACCCAUAGAAUUCAAAAUACAAUUUGCUUCCUAUGCAUUCCUCGUUUCAAACGAA